AUGCAGGUGUCGUUAGUGUGUACAGACCACAACCGUGGAGGGGUAAGCCGCAGCACAGAGGAACGGCUCAACCACCGCCAGAAUGCCAACAGCCCUAACACAGGCACCCGCAGCAAGUUCAGGGCUGUGGCCAUGGUGGCCCGUAGUCUGGGACAUCUCACUGUCCAGAGCCAGCCCACGUCCAGCGACCAGAGCAUACGGACCGGCAUGAAGUAUAGGUAGGACAGACCAUAGUCACAGACCUUAGUCACUGUGGAUCUGAGACAGAGAAUGAGGUGUAAGGACAUUAAGAAAACUUAAUUACAGGUAUCCAACUAAACUCUUGGGUGAAGGUGCAGUGUGGAAGCUCGGAACUUGGAUAUCAGAUGGUGAUUUAUAGAAAAUGGGGCCAUGGUAUAUAAAGAAUGUAUGUGUCCUGGUAUUAGAUUGCAUACAGGAAGGAGCAGGGUUUCAUGCAGAGUUGAAUAUAGUUACACUGUAUGUUAAUUUUCCCCCUUGACAGCUCCUUUUUGCAUAUUAGUGAUUACAUGUCAUCCUCUAUAUUUUGUAUAUGAUUGAUGUGAAUCACUCAGACAUACAGUAUGAGUUGAUGGACAUGAAUAACACAGCAUCUAGCCUAAACCAUUCAGAUUGUUUUGUUCUGUAUUUGGCAGUGGGCUGUAGAGGAUGAAAAUCAGGCUUGUCAAUACAAUUAUUAUUUAAACAGCUCCGUACUCUAAAUGGGCUGCCUUCUAAAGCUUUAUUAGUUUGAGAUUGAUGGAAGUUGUUCUCUUAAGUUAUUAUAACCAAAUUUCCCCCUGGCGAUUUAUAUAAUGAUCCUUCCAUGCUCAGUAAAGAUCAAACAAUAGCGCAGGAGGGUCCCAUCAGCAGAAGCUCUCUGUUCUAGUGAUUUGAAUAAGAGGGAACAAGAUUUUCAACCUUGUCAACUAACACCUACUCACCAUUAGUUAUGUUCUAUGUUAGGCUGAAUUGGAGACUCCAAUAGGAAGCUGAGCUGUGUUUCUUUCUACCACUGGAAUUGUGAUACAGUGAAUUAUAAGUGAAAUAAUCUGUCUGUAAACAAUUGUUGAAAAAAUUACUUGUGCCAUGCACAAAGUAGAUGUCCUAACCGACUUGCCAAAACUAUAGUUUGUUAACAAGAAAUGUGUGGAGUGGUUGAGAAACAAGUUUUAAUGACUCCAACCUAAGUGUAUGUAACCUUCCGACUUCAACUGUACAUAUGUGUCUUACCCAGUCACACUAGAGCGCCUGUGACGUGACUUCUCCUUUUGGACGUUAUCAAGGCGACACUCCAUAUGAACUCCUCCACCACAUUUACUGGAUUGGUUGAACAGUGCAGAAGAGAACCUCCCCCGACGAGCUUUUGGUCAUGUAGUGUACAUUCCGCUCUCAGCAUCAACAAAACUAUCUCUAUUCUCUAUAAUAUGCCAUUUAGCAGACGCUUUUAUCCAAAGCGACUUACAGUCAUACGUGCAUACAUUUUUUGUGUAUGGGUGGUCCCGGGGAUCGAACCCACUACCUUGGCGUUACAAGCGCCGUGCUCUACCAGCUGAGCUACAGAGGACCACUAUCUUGUUAAUGGUCCAACUAAGCAGUUUUUAUCUUCAAUAUCAAAUAAUUUUGGGUUAACAAUUAAGUACCUUACUGUUUUAAAUUAAAAUGGUCAGAAAUUAACAAAAAUGGCUUCUUAGCAAAGAGCAAUUUCUCAAGGAAGAAUUUUGCUAGGACCCUCUGGGAGGGGUCUGAGUGGGGAGGGGAAAACUGAAAACUAGCUGUUAUUGGCAGAGAGGUUUGGAACUCUUUCUUAUUGGUCUGUUCUUAUAGGUCUAUGAACUAAUUUACGGCCUUGUGAAAAACUCCAUCCCACCAAACCAGGAAUUUCAGGUGUUCUUUUCAAACAGCUCUUACACUAAAAGGGCAUCAUCAUCAUUUUCACAAUUUCACAAUAAUAUUCCAACCUCAUAAUGUGGUGAUAUACAGGUAACUGCCAAAAUAAAGUAAACACUAACACAAAGUGUCUUAAUAGGGCGUUGGCCCAUCACUAGCCGCCAGAACAGCUACAAUGCACCUUGGCAUAGAUUCUACAAGUGUCUUGAACUCUAUUGGAGGGAUGCGAUACCAUUCUUUGUUGAUGGUGAUGGAAAAUACUAUCUCAAGCACCGCUGCAGAAUCUCCCAUAAGUGUUCAAUUGGUUUGAGAUCUGGUGACUGAGACUGCCAUGGCAUAUGGUUUACAUCGUUUUCAUGCUUAUCAAACCAUUCAGUGACUACUCGUGCCCUGUGGAUGGGGGCAUUGACAUGCUAUGGGGGCAUAGCCAUGGUAGCCAAAAUAAUGGCCUGCCCAGCAUUUUUAGACAUGACCCUAAACAUGUUGGGAUGUUAAUUGCUUAAUUAACUCAGGACCCACACCUAUGUGGAAGCAUCUGCUUUCAAUAUAGUUUGUAUGCCUUAUGUACUCAAGUAUUUCCAUUAUUUUGGCAGUUACCUGUAUAUAAAGUACAGGAAAAUCGCAUUUUUUAAUAAUAAUUUAAUAAUUAUUUAAAUGUGCUGGCCGCGCCCACUAAUUGGCCACACCUGAUCUUAAUGAGUACUUGUUUACUUUGAAAUGGGGUCUGUUUGAAUAGACUCAAAUGAACAGCUUUUGUGUAUGCGUAAAGAAACAUGGGAAGCUAGCUCCAUCCUGGUGGCACAGUGGACUAAUUCCAUGGAUAGAGGACAGAAGAUGAUAGAAUUAUAGAUUGUAGAAUCUCACUGAUGUCGUGUCACAAUAAAAAAUAAAUGUGUUCGCAUCAUUAAUGCCUAAGGAAAUUAAUUUCCAUGUGUCCUAUCUGUGGUUGGAGUCUUAUUGAAACAUUCAGGGAACGUUUUAUGAAAGUUAUUCAAAAACCUCCAAAUAACCUAUCAUUUCUGUUCUCAGAGCGUUAAUAAAACCUACCAGGAAAACGUAAUACAUUUUCCCAGAACAGGUGAAGUCUUGACGUCUGUUUAAAAAAAAUCAGGAAACGAAUGGCUUCGUUCCCACUACCAAUGUCAAACCAAAAAUAUGCCUUCCCACAACUUCCAAGGAACUUGCCUAAAACCAAUAUAUUUUAAUUUUAGAUACAAGCAUCAUGAAACCUAUAACGCAAUACAUUUAUUUUACUUGAAAAUCUUGCUUACCAUUUUUCCAUGUGGUUUCUUCCUUCACAGACUCUAGGAAGACCUCUUGCUUUUCCUAAAUAUUACAUAUUUAGGAAGAGGUAGGGCGUGAGGGGUCAAAAUUACACUUUGGUUCUGGUGUUAUACUUUGUUGAGCCAAAGGGUUAGUUGAGCCACCCCUUGUUUCUAGGAAACCAUACACAAGGGGUGGCACAACUUACCCCACUCUCCCCUACCCAACAAAUGUAUUUAUUUGGUACAAAAUGUCUACUGUGUUCUUAAAAAAUAAAGAAAGGUAAAAGCAAUUAGCAUUUUAGAGGUGGUAUUUACAUGCAUAAACACAUGGUAUCUGGUUCGUGUUUGUGUGGGGUGAAUAAUUAAAAUCAUUACAGCUUCUUCAUACAGGCUGAUAGUUUAGGGGGGACGGUUGUCAAAUGGAAUGUCUUUUAAACCCAGAGUCUAGGCAAAAUGCUGCGGGCGCAGAGAAAGCUGUCCUCUAGCUUUAUGUCUAUGGCACGCUUUAGUUUAAUUGAUAUGGAAUUAAUCUGCAUUGCCAGUGAAAGAGCAUCCCUUUCGUAUUGCUGCAGUACUCAGAUAAACUGCAGAUGUUUGCAGGUACGAGAGGAAACAUGAGCCGACUUUAUUCAACUCAGUGUUUUAAGAAAUUCUAUUUGACCAAGCCUCAACCUCUGCUGUUGCUGAGUCUUAAUAUCCACAAUGUCAGCUAUAGUUAUUCUAAGAUCAACCCACUGUUAGCAGUUGCUUUCCAAUGCAAAUAAGAUUGCAUGUAGGAUGGCCAUUUGAAAGGGCCAGAUAUUGACAGGACAAGGCUAGAUGUUGAAACUCUGAAUGCGCAGAAGCGGCCCUCUUAUCUGCUGUGCUGGCAGCUGCCUAGUCAUGUCGACCAACACAAUGAUGAUAGGGAUGAAUUACAUUUAAUUAAUAGACGGGCUCAGCUCAGGGCAAUGAGGGAUUUUUCUGUCUCUGCAUUUGAAUUUGUGUAAACUUGUGCCUACGUGUUGAGCAUUUCCCGGUGAGACUGAACAUAUGUGUUUUUGAUUUGUGUGUGUGUGUGUGUGUGUGUGUGUGUGUGUGUGUGUGUGUGUGUGUGUGUGUGUGUGUGUGUGUGUGUGUGUGUGCAGUGUAGUGUUAGCCCUGUGCCUGGGAGGAUGCAGGCUGGGCUCCUCUGUGCUCUUGUCAGUGUGCAUCUCUCUGACAUUCCCCUUUAAGUAAACUCUUUCCAGCGCUGCAGAGCAGAGAAUAGGGCCACUACAUUCUCCACUUUCACAUUUUAGCAUUGGACCCAAUGUGAGAGCCCUCAUACAGUUUCAGCAAAGAACAGCAGGUGUAUGGGUCACAAUCCAGCUCGCUUCAAUUUUUAUUUGAAUUUUUCCUCUGCAAUCUCACAAUGGAUAAAACAGUGCCCUACUCCUCAAACUCCUUUCCAAGCAUAAUUAAAUUAUGUUUCUGCUCAUUAAGCACAGAGCCCAUGGAGUCAGUCUGUAGUCCUCUCUAGUGAGUAUUUUUCAUGCCUAAUGGUGAUUAGGGUCUAGACUCUAAUGUGUCCUGUGGGUGGACCAAUGACAGACAGGUGUGCUGUGGACACCCAAGCCAGGUGUGGCUAACCCAGAGAAAUGGAAGGACAAUGGCUAUAUGGGAAAGGGAAAGGGGGAUACCUAGUCAGUUGUACAACUUAAUGCAUUCAACUGAAAUGUGUCUUCCGCAUUUAACCCAACCCCUCUGAAUCAGAGAGUUGCGGGGGGCUGCCUUAAUCGACCUCCUCGUCAUCGGUGUCCGGGGAACAGUGGGUUAACUGCCUUGCUCAGGGGCAGAACGACAGAUUUUUACCUUGUCAGCUCGGGGAUUUGAUCCAGCAACCUUUCGGUUACUGUCCUCCUUCAGCUAAAGUACAUGAAGGAUUAAGGGAAAAACAUGGACAAAAUGCUGCUCAGUAUAACUGGAGAGGGAUGUUCGACUUGGUCUCACAUGCCUAUAGACCUGCGAGCCAUGGCCAUGGUACACUGGCCAUAGGGUAUUGUUUUUCCACCUGCACAUGAUAGUACUUUCCAUGGUCAGCCGAGGGUGGAUGUCCGGAGGAUGUCCAUCGCUGUCCAUCGAUUCAUAUACAAUUCAGCUUUGCAUGCAUGGGUCCGUUCCAAUUCCUGCUUCGAAGCCGUGAUCUGAAUGAAAGAUGACAUAUCAAUCCCUGGGGGCAGUAGGCAGCAGGCUGGUCACAUGAGGCUGACCUCCCCUCCCCACUGGGCCAAGCAAAGCAUCUGAGUGUUCAUCUCAAGGUAUGGAAAGAGAAAGAAACGUGAACAAGGUUCACUUGAGUCAGAGCUGCUCCAUUAUGUGCCUGCAUGACAUGACUGGUUAGUAUCUCCACUACCACUCACUACUGGUAGCCCAGCCCGUGCCUCAUCCUCCUCCUCCUCCUCCUCCCAGGAAUGAUUAAAUGUCUUUAGUCAGGACUGAAUUAAUGAUGCACACAAAACUGCUUAUGAUUAUGUAAAGCAGCCCUUCUAGGCUUCUCAGGGAAACUGCAGAAUAUCCAACUGGCUGGCAGGGCAGGUGGGGAGUUAAUCCUAUAAAAUAUAGAGCCAAAAAAAAGCCUUUCGUGAACUAACACUCUCACUUUACUCUUUUCCCCAAUACUAGCUCUGACUUUGCUGAUAGCUACUUUAUUGAGGAAAAAUUUACUUACAAUGACUGAUAUGUGGUUGUCCCACCUAGCUAUCUUAAGAUGAAUGCACUAACUGUAUGUCGCUCUAGAUAAGAGUGUCUGCUAAAUGACUAAAAUGUAAAUCCAAAUCAAAUGUAUGUAUUUUUUUACAUCAGCAGAUGUCACAAAUUGCUUAUACAGAAACCCAGCCUAAAACCCCAAACAGCAAGCAAUGCAGAUGUAGAAGGAUGGUGGCUAGGAACAACUCCCCAGAAAGGCAGGAACCUAGGAAUAAACCUAGAGAGGAACCAGGCUCUGGGGGAUGGCCAGUCCUCUUCUGGCUGUGCCAGGUAGAGAUUAUAAGAGUACAUGGCCAUUAAGGCCAGAUUAUUCUUCAAGAUGUUCAAACGUUCAUAGGUGAACAGCAGGGUCAGAUAAUAAUCACAGUGGUUGUAGAGGGUGCAACAGUUCAGCACCUCAGGAGUAAAUGUCAGUUGGCGUUUCAUAGCUGAGCAUUCAGAGGUCGAGACAGCAGGUGCGGUAGAUAGAGAGGAAGAGAGCGAGAGGGAGUGAGAGGGUCGAAAACAGCAGGUCCAAGACAAGGUAGCACGUCUGGUGAACAGGUCAGGGUUCCAUAGGUGCAGACAGAACAGUUGAAACUGGAGCAGCAGUACGACCAGGUGGACUGGGGACGGGGACAGGCAGGAGUCAUCAGGCCAGGUAGUCCUGAGGCUUGGUCCUACGGCCCAUGUCCUCCGAGAGGAGAGGAGAGAGGGGUAGGGGGAGUGGGGGGGAGAGGGAGAAUUAGAGGGAGCAUUCUUAAGUUCACACAGCACACCAGAUAAGACAGGAGAAUUUCACCAGAUAGGACAGACUGACCCUAGCCCCCCGGCACAUAGACUAUUGCAGCAUAGAUACUGGAGACUGAGACGGGGGGGGGGGGGUCGGGGGACACUGUGGCCCUGUCCGACGAUACCCCCGGACAGGGCCAACCAGGCAGGAUAUAACCCUACCCACUUUGCCAAAGCACAGCCCCCACACCACUUGAGGGAUAUCAAUAGACUGUCGACUUACUACCCUGAGACAAGGCUGAGUAUAGCCCACAAAGAUCUCCUCCACCGCACGAGGCCGAGGGGGCGCAAAACCGGACGGGAAGAUAACGUCAGUGACUCAAGUCGAGUAUAGCGAAAAAAGGCAUUGCACGAUGUGAUGCACCCCUCCUAGGAAUGGCAUGGAAGAGCACUAGUAAGCAAGUGACUCAGCCCCCGUAAUAGGGUCAGAGGCAGAGAAUCCCAGUGGAGAGAGCGGAGCCGGCCAGGCAGACACAGCAAGGGCAGUUCGUCACUCCAGUGCCUUGCCGUUCACAUUCGCACCCCUGGGCCAGACUACACUCAAUCAUAGGACCUACUGAAGAGAUGAGUCUUCAGUAAAGACUUAAAGGUCGAGACAGAGUCUGCGUCUCUCACAUGGAUUUUGUAAGUCGCUCUGGAUAAGUGCGUCUGCUAAAUGACGUAAAUGUAAAUGUAAUAGGCAGACCAUUCCAGAAAAAUGUAGCUCUAUAGGAGAAAGCCCAGCCUCCAGCUGUUUGCUUAGAAAAUAUAGGGACAAUAAGGAGGCCUGCGUUGUGACUGUAGCGUACGUGUAGGUAUGUACAGCAGGACCAAAUCGGAGAGAUAAGUAAGAGCAAGUCCAUGUAAUGCUUUGUAGGUUAGCAGUAAAACCUUGACAUCAGCCCUAGCCUUAACAGGAGGCCAGUGUAGAGAGGCUAGAAGUGGAGUAAUAUGAUCACAUUUUUGGGUUGUAGUCAAGAUUCUAGGAGCCGUAUUUAGCACUAACUGAAGUUUAUUUAUUGGUUUAUCAAAAGCAGCACUAAUGUCUAGGAGCACGAGAACAGAUGCAGAGCCAUGGUCUGACACCAUUUAAAAGGUAAUUUACCACCUUCACGAGUGCAGUCUCAGCACUAUGAUGGGGUCUAAAACCAGACUGGAGCAUUUCGUAUACAAAAUGAGAGGAAUGGGAGAUUCGAUAAAAGCAGAUUGUUUUUUAAAUUUGAUUUAUUACUGUUUUUUAAUAUUUUUUUCAGGAGAGGCUUUAUUACUGCCACUUUUAGAGAGUUUGGUACACAUCCAGAGGAUAGGCAGCCGCUUAUUAUAUUCAAUACAGGAGGGUCAAGCACAGGAAGUAAUUUAGUUGGAAUAGGGUCUAGUAGGCAGCUGGAAGGUUUAGAGGCCAUUACUAUUUUCGUGAAUGUGUCAAGAGAUACAUUCAUAACAAGCUACCAAGAAGCCAUUUCAGGCUAUCAAUCAAGUUAGAGUAGCUAGCUUGUCUAACUAUAUUAGCUGGCAUUGGUGUUCAAACAGCUAAAUCAUUUUUUAAGUGGCAACUUUAUUUUUGAAAACCUCCAGUCUGGUUUUUGUGCCCACCACAGCACAGAGACAGCCUUUGUUAAAGUGGUAAAUGAUCUUAGAGCUUACACAGACGCCAAACAGCUCUCUGUCCUUGUACUCUUAUAUUUAAGUGCUGCAUUCGACACUAUUGACCAUGAUGUUAUUCUGGACAGACUGGAGAGGUGGGUUGGCCUCUCCGGUCCAGUUCUGAAUUGGUUUAGGACCUAUUUAACCGGUCUAGAGUUCUUUGUCACCCUUGGUGAACAUAACUCAGAGAAAAUACAUAUUACAUGUGGCGUUCCACAAGGUUUGAUUUUGGGUCCGGUACUGUUCAGUUUAUAUAUGUUACCCCUUGGCAGCGUUAUCAGAAAGCACAGCAUUAAUUUUUACUGCUACGCUGACGAUACACAACUUUACAUUUCUGUGUCACCAGAGGAUUUUAGCUCCACGGAUAAAUUAUUAGACUGAAUUAGUGAUUUAAAUUAUUGGAUGGCUCAAAAAGAUCCAAUAAUAAUAUCAGAGGAUUAGAAAUACAGGGCUUAAAAACAAAGGUGUCAUUGUACGCAGAUGAUUCAUGUUUUCUUUUAGAUCCACAACUAGAAUCCCUCCACAGCCUCAUAGAGGAUCUAGAUACAUUUUCUAACCUCUCUGGAUUAAAACCAAAUUAUGACAAAUGUACUAUAUUACGUAUUGGAUCACUAAAAAAUACAAUUUUUACAUUACCAUGUAGUUUACCAAUAAAAUGGUCUGAUGGUGAUGUGGAUAUACUCGGAAUACAUAUCCCAAAGGAAAUAAAUGAUCUCACUUCAAUAAAUUUUAAUAGAAAGUUAGCAAAAAUAGAUAAGAUCUUACUACCAUGGAAAGGAAAAUACCUGUCAAUUUGUGGAAAAAUCACCCUGAUUAACUCUUUAGUAUUAUCCCAGUUUACCUAUUUGCUUAUGGUCUUGCCUACGCCUAGCAAACAGUUUUUUAAAUUAUAUGAGAAAAAAAUAUUCAAUUUUAUUUGGAACGGCAAGCCAGACAAAAUUAAAAGAGCAUAUUUAUAUAAUGAAUAUGAAUUCGGAGGACAGAAAUUAUUAAAUAUUAAAGCAUUAGACCUAUCACUAAAAUCUUCAGUCAUCCAAAAGUUAUACUUAAAUCCGAACUGGUUCUCAAGCAAAUUAGUAAGAUUGUCUCACCCACUGUUCAAGAAAGGCCUUUUUCCCUUUAUUCAGAUUACAACCUCUCACUUUCAGUUAUUUGAAAAGGAAAUAAUCUCCCAAAUGUCACUAUUUCUAAAACAAGCCAUAGAAAGUUGGUUGCAAUUUCAAUUUAAUCCUCCAGAAACGACAGAACAAAUAAUGCAACAAAUAUUGUGGUUAAAUUCAAAUAUACUAAUUGACAAAAAACCUUUAUUUUCUGACAGAAUGUUUAAAAAAGGUAUAAUCUUCGUAAAUGAUAUCAUCGGUAGGACUGGUGGAGUUAUGUCGCACAUGCAGCUAACAAAAACAUAUGGAAAUGUCUGCUCUAUCCAAAAUUACAACCAAAUAAUUGCAGCCUUACCGCAAAAGUGGAAGAGGAAAGUGGAAGGGGGAGAAAGUAAGGAACUUGUCUGUCGGCCUUGCAUUAAAGAACAUAAUUGGUUAAGGAAAACUGUGAUAAAUAAAAAAGUAUAUCAGUUUCACUUAAGGACCAAAGGAUUGACAACCGUCCCAUAUAUAUUGCAAAAUAGUUGGGAAGAGAUUUUUGACGUACCGAUCCCAUGGCAUAGUGUUUAUGAACUGACACGCAAAACGACACCGGAUUCAAAAAUUAGAAUCUUUCAAUUUAAAUUAUUAUAUAAAAUUCUUGCUACCAAUAGAAUGUUAUUUAUAUGGGGGAUACAAUCUUCCCAGCUCUGCAGAUUUUGCUGUGAAGAGAUAGAAUCAUUAGAUCAUUUGUUUUGGUUCUGUCCAUUUGUAGCUUGUUUUUGGACACAGGUCCAGGAAUGGCUAAAGGAUUGCAAUAUUUACCUGGAGGUAACCUUGCAGAUAGCAUUACUGGGUGAUCUGAAAAGUCAUAGUCAAUCAAUCAAUAAUAUAAUAAUACUUUUAGCAAAAAUGUUUAUUUUUAAUUCACAAUCAAUAGAAGCAAUGAGAAUAGAAAGGUUCAGAACUUUUGUAAAACAUCACAGUACGGUUGAAAUAUAUAUGGCAAAUAGAAAUCCUAUAUGGAUGGUGUUAAGAGAUAGAUGGGAGGUAUUGAAUAGAGUUGAAGGAUGGGACUAAUAACAAAUAACAACAAAUAAUAACAAAGAUAGCUAAUAAUGUAAGCAUACGGUGUCCAUAAUAAGUAUAUAGGUUGUAUGUUGGGAGCUUUUGGGAAAGAGCACAGUUAGAAAGAUAUGGCAUUUAGAAGCAAACCGGAUGGACGUCAUGAAAAUGAUCGGAGAGGUUGAGAGUAGAAGAGGUUCAGGAGCAAAAAAAUAAAUAUAUAUAUAUAUAUAUAUAUAUAUAUAUAUAUAUAUAUAUAUAGAAUUAUAGUAAAAUUAACUCUGUCCAUAAGGUGUAGAUAGUAAGUAUAGACCGGAAGUAGAGGCCUGGGCGUUGUUGUUCACUAAUUUACUCCAAGUAGGGAAAGGAUGGUGGGGUUGAAAAGUAAUAAAGGGGAAUAUAUAUAUAAAAAAUAAAAAAAAACAUGGGGGAUUGGAAGUGAUGCAGACAAUUACAUUGAUAGAAGAUACAAUCUAUCUGCAAUAUUAAGCUGAUCCAUCCCCCCCCCCAAAAAAAAAAAAAAAAAAAAAAAAAAAAAGAGCAAGUCCAUGUAAUGCUUUGUAGGUUAGCAGUAAAACCUUGACAUCAGCCCUAGCCUUAACAGGAGGCCAGUGUAGAGAGGCUAGAAGUGGAGUAAUAUGAUCACAUUUUUGGGUUGUAGUCAAGAUUCUAGCAGCCGUAUUUAGCACUAACUGAAGUUUAUUUAUGGGUUUAUCAAAAGCAGCACUAAUGUCUAGGAGCACGAGAACAGAUGCAGAGCCAUGGUCUGACACCAUUUAAAAGGUAAUUUACCACCUUCACAAGUGCAGUCUCAGCACUAUGAUGGGGUCUAAAACCAGACUGGAGCGUUUCGUAUACAAAAUGAGAGGAAUGGGAGAUUCGAUAAAAGCAGAUUGUUUUUUAAAUUUGAUUUAUUACUGUUUUUUUAUAUUUUUUUCAGGAGAGGCUUUAUUACUGCCACUUUUAGAGAGUUUGGUACACAUCCAGAGGAUAGGCAGCCGCUUAUUAUAUUCAAUACAGGAGGGUCAAGCACAGGAAGUAAUUUAGUUGGAAUAGGGUCUAGUAGGCAGCUGGAAGGUUUAGAGGCCAUUACUAUUUUCGUGAAUGUGUCAAGAGAUACAUUCAUAACAAGCUACCAAGAAGCCAUUUCAGGCUAUCAAUCAAGUUAGAGUAGCUAGCUUGUCUAACUAUAUUAGCUGGCAUUGGUGUUCAAACAGCUAAAUCAUUUUUUAAGUGGCAACUUUAUUUUUGAAAACCUCCAGUCUGGUUUUUGUGCCCACCACAGCACAGAGACAGCCUUUGUUAAAGUGGUAAAUGAUCUUAGAGCUUACACAGAUGCCAAACAGCUCUCUGUCCUUGUACUCUUAUAUUUAAGUGCUGCAUUCGACACUAUUGACCAUGAUGUUAUUCUGGACAGACUGGAGAGGUGGGUUGGCCUCUCCGGUCCAGUUCUGAAUUGGUUUAGGACCUAUUUAACCGGUCUAGAGUUCUUUGUCACCCUUGGUGAACAUAACUCAGAGAAAAUACAUAUUACAUGUGGCGUUCCACAAGGUUUGAUUUUGGGUCCGGUACUGUUCAGUUUAUAUAUGUUACCCCUUGGCAGCGUUAUCAGAAAGCACAGCAUUAAUUUUUACUGCUACGCUGACGAUACACAACUUUACAUUUCUGUGUCACCAGAGGAUUUUAGCUCCACGGAUAAUUAUUAGACUGAAUUAGUGAUUUAAAUUCUUGGAUGGCUCAAAACUUCCUCCAGCUAAAUCAAGACAAGACCGAGGUACUUGUUGUUGGAGCCAAAGCAAUCAAUCCACGAUUGUGCACCCCAAUAAAUGUCAAGACAUGCUUUUAAGUUAUGUACCCAGUAAGUCCCUCAGGUCCUCUGGUACUGUCCUUUUAACUAUCCCAAAGCCUAGGACCAAGAGGCAUGGAGAGGCAGCCUCUGGAAUAGCCUGCCAGAGAACCUGAGGGGGGCUGAAACUGGAAAUAUUUAGCUUUUUUUAAUUUUUACAUAUUUUUAGCUUUGCUUUUCCUUAGGGUACUUUUUAGUUGUUCAGUUUGUGUCCUUCUUUUGUUUUUUAUCUUAUGUUUGUUGUGUAGUAAAAAAAAAAUGUCAUAGUUUUUUUUCCUGUAAAGCACAUUGCGUUGCAUGUCUGAAAUGUGCUGUAAAUAAAGCUUGAUUUGAUUUGAUUUGAUUUGAUGCCUGCUGGCAAAUUUGGUAGCUGGCAAGGUUGGUAGACUUAAGAAAAGCAAGCAAUAACUAAAUGUACUGAAUAAGACUCACAUUCCUUUCAAUAUUUUACCCAGUUUUUAACGUAGAGGCAGAGAAGCAUAUUUAGUUUCUUUGAAGAAAUAACCACCAGUCAGGAGGAUACAGACAGCUCAAGAGGUAUAUUUAGAUAUGCAGAAAAAUAUACAUAUUUUUGACAGUAUUAAGCAUAAUAAUUAUGGCUCUAGAUUGCAGGAAAAAGCUGUUUCAGGUGUUUGAAAAAUGAUCCAACUUCAGGACGGCCCCUCCGAAUCUACCCCCCAGAAAUCCUCACGUACUUUGUGCCCCCUCAGAUUUUUGGGGUGCAUGACGCCCCUGAUUACAGCGCCCAGUAUAACUAACUGGCAGAGUGAUGUGUCUGUGUGUGAGCUGAGCAGAUGGUGUUUAAAUCACACUGCUGUGUUGUUCAGGUGUGAGUUAGCUAGCAGAGAUGGAGACGCAACACCGCCUGUUGCCUAGCAAUUUACAUAUGAAAGCUGCAACAUGGAUGCAUGCUCCUGUUUAGGAUUUUGGCUUGAUACGUGUUGAGCAAUAUUUCAAAGUCAUGCUACGUCUUUUGUUGUCAAGUGAUUGGAUUUAGCUAAUCUCAGUUCUGUAGCUGUUUUUACCCCUCAGAGUUCCAAGCAUGGGUACAUUGGCCUAUAUGUAGUAUGGGCGACAAAAGGAUUGGGUGUGUUUGAUUUGAGUGUUGGCUAAUCAGAAUCACUUUAUUCGCCAAGUACAUUUACACAUACACAGAAUUUGACUUAGUGAAUAGAUGCUGCCAGCAAUAGACAAUGUACAGACACAAAGUCAAUAUAGUCAACAUACAGGAUAUACAAUAUAAAUACAGUGAACAUAAAACACUGGAGUAAAACUGAGUUACAGUGACGAUAUACAAUUUACAGCGGGAAUGUACAGUAUCUAUAUAUGCAGAGGAAGGGAUGCUGCCGUGACAAAUUUAGACCCCAAUUAGUCGACUGGUCGAUUGUUUCGUCUUUAGGCUACAUUGUAGAAUAAUAGUGAAGACAUCAAAACUAUGAAAUAACACAUAUGGAAUAUUGUAGUAACUAAAAAAGUGUUAAACAAAUCAACAUAUAUUUUAUAUUUGAGAUCCUUAAAAUAGCCACCCUUUGCCUUGAUGACAGCUUUGCACACUCUUGGCAUUCUCUCAACCAGCUUCAUGAGGUAGUCACCUGGAAUGCAUUUCAAUUAACAGGUGUGCCUUCUUAAAAGUUAAUUUGUGGAAUUUCUUUCCUUCUUAAUGUGUUUGAGCCAAUCAGGUGUGUUGUGACAAGGUAGGGGGGGUAUACAGAUGAUAGCCCUAUUUGGUAAAACACCAAGUCCAUAUUAUGGCAAGAACAGCUCAAAUAAGCAAAGAGAAACGACAGUCCAUCAUUACUUUAAGACAGGAAGGUCAGUCAAUACGGAACAUUUCAAUAACUUUUAAAGUUUCUUCAAGUGCAGUUGCAAAAACCAUCAAGCGCUAUGAUGGAACUUGCUCUCAUGAGGACCGCCACAGGAAUGAAAGAUCCAGAGUUACCUCUGCUGCAGAGGACAAGUUCAUUAGAGUUACCAGCCUCAGAAAUUGCAGCCCAAAUAAAUGUUUCACAGAGUUCAAGUAACAGACACAUCUCAACAUCAACUGUUCAGAGGGGACUGUGUGAAUCAGGCCUUCAUGGUCGAAUUGCUGCAAAGAAACCACUACUAAAGGACACCAAGAAGAAGAGACCUGCUUGGGCCAAGAAACACGAGCAAUGGACAUUAGACCGGUGGAAAUUUGUCCUUUGGUCUGGAGUCCAAAUUGGAGAUGUUUGGUUCCAACCGCCGUGUCUUUGUGGGACGCGGUGCAGGUGAAUGGAUUAUCUCCGCAUGUGUAUUUCCCACCGUAAAACAUGGAGGAAGAGGUGAUAUGGUGCUUUGCUGGUGACACUGCAUGUGAUUUAUUUAGAAUUCAAGGCACACUUAACUAGCAUGGCUACCACAGCAUUCUGCAGCGAUAUGCCAUCCCAUCUGGUUUGCGCUUAGUGGGACUAUCAUUUGUUUUUCAACAGGACAAUGACGCAACACACCUCCAGGCUGUGUAAGGGCUAUUUUACCAAGAAGGAGAGUGAUGGAGUGCUGCAUCAGAUGACCUGGCCUCCACAAUCCCCUGACCUCAACCCAAUUGAGAUGGUUUGGGAUGAGUUGGACUGCAGAGUGAAGGAAAAGCAGCCAACAAGUACUCAGCAUAUGUGGGAACUCCUUCAAGACUGUUGGAAAAGCAUUCCAGGUGAAGCUGGUUGAGAGAAUGCCAAGAGUGUGCAAAGCUGUCAUCAAGGCAAUGGGUGGCUAUUUGAAGAAUCUCAAAUAUAUUUUGAUUAGUUAAACACUUUUUUGGUUACUACAUGAUUCCAUAUGUGUUAUUUCAUAGUUUUGAUGUCUUCACUAUUAUUCUACAACGUAAGAAAUAGUAAAAAUAAAGAAAAACCCUUGAAUGAGUAGGUGUGUCCAAACUUUGGACUGGUAGUGUAUAUAUAUACACAUAUAUGCGCCCAUCUCAGUGAACUAAUCCAUUGCCGAGGCCUAGACUAAAAGCCAAUUUAUGCUUGAUCCAAAUAUGUGGUUGGAGGCUCCAUAUGGAGGGUGUGAUUAAAUUGUGGAGCCUCCAGAGGCAUGCAGAGGCCAAAUCUAGCUCCGUACUGCGUCGCCAUGCACCUCUCAAAAUGUUGUUACAUUUUGUAACAACAGUAGUACAUUUACCGUUAAUUCCUAUAAUUUCGAAUCGACAAUGUUUGUUACUUUGGUUACGGUCAUUUAUUUUUAUGCAUUCAUUAUUAUUAUUCCAGUCGUCUUGUUCUCAUUGUCAGAGUGGACACAUUGUUUGCAGUGCACAACCUAUGCUACACUUGUGAGAAACAAGUUUUGGUUUAUUUCAUUCCAUUUACGAGUUUUGUCAAUUUAGCCAUUGUCUUUUGUUUGGAGCGCUCAUGGCAAUGUUGAGUAAGGACACGCAAGUCUGUUUUUACAUCCAUUGAGAAUUACAAUAGUUCCUCAACGUAUUUGAAAAAUCUUUCCAGCUCUCUCCCUUUCGAUAACCACUCAUCAUGAAAGGGAAAAAUGUCAUGCUCUGAUCCAAUAGAAACAUCAUAAAAUAGGCCUACCUGAUUACUUAUCAGUGGUUGACCUGGACUGAAAUAGGUUCCGGUACUCAUUUUGGGUGCUGGUACUGUUUAUAUUUAGGUGCAGGAGCUCCACAAUACAUUUGAGCUAAUAUUGUAUAAGAGAAACAGGAGCUCAAGCAGUAGAACUUUUGAGGUGUCGGUACUCAGCUCCGGUGAGCUCCUGCCCGAGUCAAGCACUGUUUCUUAUCCCUUGCGCAAAUAGCCUACAGCUGUGUCUGUCCCGAACUCACUGGCGAGGGAAACUCUGAGGGCCCAGGAAGCUUCGGGCCGGACCCAAGUUAAUAGUUGAUACAAUGUUUCAAGUUUGUUGCAGACAGGCUGUAACGUAUACGCCGGGAAUCAGGAAGCAGGUGCAGAAGGUGAGUUUAAUAAUGAACCAAUACAGAUGACCAAACAUGAGCCGCGUACUGAACGUGAGAGAAAACAAUACUACCUAAUGACUGAUGUCAACUGAGGGCUAAAUAAAGGGGGAGUAAUCAAGGAGAAAAUGAUGACCAUGUGUGCGUAAUGAUGGGGAACAGGUUUGUGUGAUAUAGUUGCCAGGGCCGGUGGUUAGUAGAAUGGCGACGUCGAGCGCCGGAGGGAGGGAGCAGGAGAAGGCGUGACACAGGCCAUGUGUAGCCAAUGUGAUUUAUAGGAUAUUUAUUUUUAUCAGGAUAUUUUCUACCUGCAGGCUGCAAUGUUUUUAUUUGUUGGCUUUAUGUAGGCUAUGUUGACAUAGUUGGCAAUGGCAAUAGAAGUUACUUUUUAGGUUUGUAUCAUUUUCAUUUAGAUUUGGAUAGAAUUUUGAUUAACCACAUGACAAUGAUUUUGAGAUAUGAAGACGUUAUUAUAAAUGAAAUGAAACUGUUUCACGAAAAUGUGCAUAUGAAAACCAUAACUGCCAUGCAGAUCGGUAGAAAUGGUAAGAUAAAUUGGCAUUCCACAUGAGAAAGUUUGCCGACUCCUUGUGUAGCCUAUUACCGGCAACUUCAGGAGAGUAAUGGCAGAAUAUGCGAAAGCCAGCAGGAGUGGAAGGAGAAUAGUUGGGUCAGGUUAAGUUUUUUUUCUUCUGGUUAUCUAGAUCUCUCCUGCCAUCUUGAGGCAUUUGUCUUAUUUCAUUAAACCGUAAGCUUUAAGCGUCAGACAAGCUCAAUGCAUAUAGUUGAAUUUAUUAAAACAUAUAGGGUAUGUCCAAAUAUGGAAAAAUACAUGUUUACACAUUUUUACCAAUCGAUUGGUCGAAAGAACAGACGACUUUUGGUCAACCAAAAUUUUUUUUUGUCGGGACAGCCCUAAUACAGUGCAUAUACAGUGUUUGGCAGAGGUGUACAUAGUUCAAAUUCAGUAUAGUGCCCUUAUUACUAUAAAAGGUCAUUGAUGGCAAGGUGCAGUGUUCGGCACAAAUGUAAAGUAUCUUAAUCCCUAUGAGCACGAUAGCCAGGUCAUAAGGACUUCAUUUUGUACUCAACAUAAAGCCCAGCUCUCCAUGGGCUUUACGCCUACUUGAAAUGUGGCACUUUAGAGAGGAACACCGAGCAGGACACUUAGGCCUACUGUACUGUAACCACUAGCCACUCCACUCCAGUACAAACACAGAUAGGACUUAAUACUGCAGCCUCCAACUCUUACAGUCUCGGCUACAUACAUAGCCACUUACUGUAAACACUAGCCUAUUUUUAAUGCACAAGAAAAGAACACUUGGCAUCUGUUCGCUAGGGGCAUGUUAGGGUGAAUUGUCAAGCAGUGGAAUAGUCCAUGUGUGUAUAGAGAUGUUGUCUGAGUGAGUGCAGUAUGUGGAUGUGUGUGCGAGAGGUAUGUGCUGAUGGGAGCGUGUUUAGCUGAAUGGGGAGAUGAAGACAGCUGUUUACUCCUUGCCUGACUGAAAUAGUUAAAUUAGAGCCUGUGCUGCUCUGAGCUGAGCUGUGUGUUUGCUUUAGCAGCACUCUACUCUCAUCUUCUCUCUAUCUCUCUGCGUGUUAUUGUCUUUCUUAAACACACUGGAAAUAGAUGUAUUAAUCCAUCCUGCUAUGUGACAUUUAGCUUUCAUUUCCCUCAACUAUUCAGUUUUAUGUAUGUUUGGAGACUAUUUUCAUCCUGUUUCUUGAGAUUUAGCAGCAUGUAGCCUAUCCAUAUGUAUGUCAAUAUCUAAGCUGAUGAAGGAAAGAAAGAUAUAAUUGCGUCAUGUUUUCCACAUUGUAUGACUGCACUGUGUAGAAACCAUAUGAGCUGGCAACCACAUCUGUUGUCGGUUGCUGUUACGACAGUACAGGAACUUACAUUUGUAAAUUACAGUGAUUCGGAAAGUAUUCAAACCCCUUGACUUUUUCCACAUUUUGUUACGUUACAGCCUUAUUCUAAAAUGUAUUAAAUUGUUUCCCCCCCUCAUCAAUCUACACACAAUACCCCAUAAUGACAAAGCAAAAGCAGGUUUUUAGAAAUUGUUGCAAAUUUAGAAAAAAAAAUACAAAAACUGAAAUAUCACAUUUACAUUCAGACCCUUUACUCAGUACCUUGUUGAAGCACCUUUGGCAGAGAUUACAGCCUCAAGUCUUCUUGGGUUGUCACGCCCUGACCUAGAGAACUCUAGUUGGUUGGGUCAGGGUGUGAGUUCAGUUUGAGAUCUAUGUUAUUGUAUUUCUAUGUUGGAUCUAGUAUCUGUACUUCUAUGUUUUGCGUAUCAGUUCAUAAACACUAUGCCAUGGAAUCGGUACGUCAAAAAUCUCUUCACAACUAUUUUGCGAUCUAUAUGGGAUGGCUAUCAAUCCUUUGGUCCUUAAAUGAAACUGGUAUACUUUUUUAUUUAUCACAGUUUUCUUUAACCAAUUAUGUUCUUUAAUGCAAGGCCGACAGACCAGAUAAUCUUGUUUCUCAUGGUCUGAGAGCCCUUUAGGUAACUUUUGGCUAACUCCAAAUGGGCUCUCAUGUGCCUUUUACUGAGGAGUGGCUUCUGUCUGGCCAUUCUACCAUAAAGGCCUGAUUGGUGGAGUGCUGCAGAGAUGGUUGUCCUUCUGGAAGGUUCUCCCAUCUCCACAGAGGAACUCUGGAGCUCUGUCAGAGUGACCAUCGGGUUCUUGGUCACCUCCCUGACCAAGGCCCUUCUCCCCCGAUUGCUCAGUUUGGCUGGGCGGCCAGCUCUAGGAAGAGUCUUGGUGGUUCCAUACUCCGACUGUGUUCUUGGGGACCUUGUGGUUCCAAACUUCUUCCAUUUAAGAAUGAUGGAGGCCACUGUGUUCUUGGGGACCUUCAAAGCUGCAGACAUUUUUUGGUACCCUUCCACAGAUCUGUGCCUAGACACAAUCCUGUCUCAGAGCGCUACGGACAAUUCCUUCGACCUCAUGGCUUGGUUUUUGCUCUGACAUGCACUGUCAACUGUGUGACCUUAUAUAGACAGGUGUUUGCCUUUCCAAAUCAUGUCCAAUCAAUUGAAUUUACCACAGGUGGACUCCAAUCAAGUUGUAGAAACAUCUCAAUGAUGAUCAAUGGAAAUGGAUGCACCUGAGCUCAAUUUCGAGUCCCUUAGCAAAGGGUCUGAAUACUUAUGUAAAUAUGUUUUUUUAUUUUUUAUAAAUUUGCCAAAAUGUUUAAAAAAAACAGUUUUUGCUUUGUCGUUAUAGGGUGUUGUGUGUAGAUUGAUGAGGAUUUGUAUGUAUUUUAUCCAUUUUAGAAUGAGGCUGUAACUUAACAACAUUUGGAAAAAGUCAAGGGGUCUGAAUACUUUCCGAAUGCAAUGUGUUACUGAUUUAAUUUUUUCAAGAUCCUAGUGUACAUCGUCAUUUUGAUCCUUUUUGAGGAUCUGUUACUAGUGCACAGUAUCAGAAUUAGAUUGUGUGUCAGUUAUGUUGACGGUGGAUUCCUAUAGUGUUUCGCUGUGUGACAUGCCUUUGAACUGUCCAUUUGACAUCAUUAGUGUUAAAGUGGAACUGACAUCAUUUUAACAACAUGAAAUCUUAUUAAAAUCUGUUCAUAUACACCCCCAGGAAGAAUUACAUUUAAAAAUAUAUAUAUUCUGACAAGCCAGCACUUACCAGCAUAUGGUCAUUUUCAAGUUUUCAUACAUUCAUAGAAUGUUUGGGAAUGACGUAGAGUAAGGCAUGUGAAAGUUAUAUAGUUAUAUAGAGUGGGAAAGCGGCCGUGCGUUUGGACAAUUAAUAGACACUGCUGUAAAUAAAAUCUAAUAAAAACAUCUGUCUUGUCCAGGACCGGAGUCUACGCAGACCAGUGCACCAUAGCCAAUCAGAGCUACAGUAUGCCUAUAUACAAAUAAGCAAUUUGCCACAUUCUCUUUGAACUGAACUGUGUAUUUACAGACAUUAGCAACAGCGUGACUUUAGAUCAUUGUCCUUGCUAGUUUGAUUGUAUUGACAUUCACAGCUUUAGUUACAAUUGUCUGUUUUUGUCCCAAAUAUUGAUUAAUUGUAACUAAAACAGUGCAUCCCGAAUGGGUGGAGGCAGCAAACAAUGUACCAGGCCAGCUGUGAUUUACAACCUGAUAGCAACAUUUUUGGACUACCAAGAAAUGUAUUGGUGAAUUAUAUUAAUCAUGCAUUGAACUGCAUCCAUCUAUUCUGCCAACAAUGCUUUACUGUACGUCAUGGAAUUUUUGGUCAAAUAUAACCUAUUUUUAAAACCUCUUUUAAAGUUGGUUUUGUAGCAUAAACUGGGCAUUUUAAAUGUUUGACUGAUGUUAUGAUUGUUUGUUUCAUAUCUGUAAAGUAGUUGUCAGUUCUACUUUAAUUGGUGUAGAAUGGUGUAAUAUCCCAAGCCCUUAGAAUACCAUGGGGAGGUACUUAAAGGCUAUUAGUGUUUCUCCUAUAUUCAUUUAGAAGUGGUGGUCCACUACUGCUAAAUUGUUGCCACUGCUGCAAAAAAAGGAAAACGAAAUGUAAAGGACAAUGGACUGGAAAUGGCACAGUAAAGGUUAAAGUAUACAGUAUCUGUGUUAGUAAUAUUUUAGUUCUAUCCUACACUACUGUAAAUAGUGUCAUAUGGCACUGAAUGAUGCAGUGUGGUCAUGAUCUGUGAUCUAGUGAGUCAUCUUUUCUGCACCACUUUUUUUAGUAUGUAGGCUAUACAGUGGCCGUGUCCAAAUACCCAUUCUAGCGUACUACAUACUUAAACGGCAUACUAUGUACUCACCGUCGCAUACUAUUUAGCACGUACCGUUUAGUAAAAAGUAUGCAGUAUGCCACGGCCGCAAUGCAGUAGCAGCUUCUGAUUGGCUGAGUAGGUGGGGCGAGGCCGAGUGCGGGUGGAUUUUUCCAAAUUCAACAGACAUGCAUCGCAUUAACCAACCAGAUAAUAGUUAAUUUCCAAUUUGAUUAAUUUCUCUAAACUCUGAAUAGAAUAGGAAUGGAGUUAUAGGCCUACUCAGGCUGGUUAUAGGCAGACUAUCACAUUCAACCCAUCUAUCCUAUUUAAAAAGAACUGAAGACAGACAGAUCAUUUGGUUCCAUUUCAACAUAUUUAUUAGUAAAACCAGAGUGCUGUAACAUAUUUAAAUUAAAGUGUUCACACCAAAACGUAUCAAAUGUUCAAAUCAAAAGGCUAUUGCACAGAAAAACGUGGACAGUCGAGUGCAUCGCAAAUUCAGAACCGCAGGACAGCAACCUAAUAAACUAAAGCAUUGAUCAUUGGGAAUGAGAUCAGAAUGACUGCUAAGGCUUGAUCCAUAAUUUAAAUAAUUAAAUAGGUAGCCUAAGCUAAAAAACUAAAACAAUCUAUAUUUUCAAAGCAAAAGGCCUGUUUAACAUGACAUCAAUAAUGAAGCCACAUCCCGAGUCCCCGUUGUCGAUGCAUUCAGUAAUUAAAAGAAGGUUUAGUAUUUAGUUUAAACGCUCUGACGAAGGCCAAGAGAACAAUAAACACUUUUCAAUGAGAAAACAGAUAUCCGACAUGAUUUCAUUUUUCAAAAUCCCAUCUAAUACAGCUGUAGCAGGCUCACUUCCUCUCCGCCUUGAUUUCAAGCUCCACUUUGAAGCUGAGUGUUCCAGGCUCUGUGCGCCAGAAAUGCUAGACUGGGGACGACGUUACAUAAACACACAUACAUCUAGGAGAGCAAAGGGACCGUGCUGCAAGCCAUGGGCCAGCAACAAGACAUGAGCAGUGUGUUUGUUUUUGAGUUUGAGCCGUGGGUGUAUUUUUAGUUUGCACAGUUUACAGCUCUCUGUAAAAAAUAUCCUCCUUAACACAUUCCUCAUCGCAGUUAUGUGACCCUGUUCUCAUUCAUCAUCACAACUUGCUUUUCUACCCCACCGCCCUGAACUGUCUCACUCCCUCACCCCCUCUACCCCUUAUCCUGACAAGUCUUACCCCUUCACUCUCUUUGACCUCCACCCUGACGUCUCAGCCCCUACCUUCCUCUCACCUUCUCAGGCCAUCACCCUGACCUUUCAGCCCCUACCUCCCCCUCUCUGGCCCUGGCCUGAACUCUCAGUAACACCCCUGUAGCUCUUCACCCUAGAGAGUGCCAGAGAGGAACACUGUCAUGACAUGGUGAACACAUAUUGCAGCUCUCAGAGCUAGCCUCCUACCUCCCUCAGGGCCAAAUAUCAGGAGAGGGAAAGAGUUGGAAAGGGACGAUACAGCUGUCAUCCAUCUGGCUCCAUCUAAAUUCUAGACAGUCUGAUCAGGUGCAGUGGAUUUACGCAAAGAGCCCCUGAAAUAGACUUCUAAAGGCUUGCACACAUCGCACAUUUACAUUUGAGUAAUUUAACAGAUGCACCAAAUGUGGAUCUAGCGUUCGUCUGCCGAUCGUUCAGCAUGCUGUGUUUUAGGGACCACACUCUAGACGUCUGACUGCCGGACAUUUUUCACGCGAUUAUACAUGUAAAAUGGGUGUGCACUGUGUUCACUAAUUACACUGAGGUGCUAAGUACUCUCGGCCAGCAAACACUAACUCACACCUCAGAAAACCCAUAAGAGACUGAGAUGACCGCCUCUGUUCAUCCACUUUGAAAUCAGGGGCUUAGUGAACCAUGAGGCCACUGUGGUACAAACAGUCUAGAGGCAUCUCAUCUACAGCCAAAUAAAUAACACUCACACAGUCAAAGUGGUCACUGGGUCCACUCAUAAUGUGUUGAGGCUGACUGUAGUGUAGUGUAGUGUAGUGUAGUGUAGCUCUGUAGUCCAUAAUUGAAGAGGGUAAGAGACGUGGGUGACCUUACUGUUCUGGGCCGUGUCCAGGGAGGCGUAGUGGCUACCUGACCCCAGAUCAGACCAGCCUGCUACAGUACUACUACCAGGUCCCUGCAGGGGAGGGGAGGGGAGGUGAAGGAUAGCCCAGGGCCAACAUGCAGUAUCAACGGCCAGCCUGGUAAAAUAUUCAGCACUACACAUAACUGACAAAGGGAAGUAUCGUUCCUAGGUGAAAAGGACAGAGACCAGACUGGGUGUCUGAUCGGUCUGUUACUUUAUUGUAUGUUUUGAAGGGACUUAACUCAAAUACACACCUGUCUUGCACUUGAACAAUACUGUGAUUCUGGAAUAACCAUUUCUGGUGAAAAAUUGUGACUGACUGUAGUCCAGAGACAGUUUUACUGUAUGUCUCAUUUCUGAACAGGCUGCACAGAGUGUGUGUGAAUGCAAUGUGCACUGUUCUGUUAAUCUUAUUAAGCGUGUGCGUUUCAUGUGUAAUACCUCAAACCAUGACAACAGUCCUCACCUAAUCGUUUUCCUCAAAGUUGGCGGUAUGUCACGCAUCUCCACUAGUAUUUGUAACAACCUAAGCAUUAUGAAACUUCUAUUCGUUCGAAUAGGCCUCACAAAUGAGCAAUUCAAUUUGAUAAAAUCAUCUCAAAUGUUAUUUAUCACAUGCGCCGAAUACAACUGGUGUAGACUUUAUAGAGAAAUGCUUGCUUACGAACCUUUCCCAACAAUGCAGAGUUAAAACAUAACAUUUUAAAAAAAAAAAAUAUACAAAUAGUAACUAACACGAGGAAUAAAAUAAAAUACACAAGAAUGGAACUAUGUACAGGGAGUACCAGUUUCAGAUGAAUGUGCAGAGGUACGAGGUACUUGAGACAGAUAUGUACAAGAAGGCAGGGUAAAGUGACUAGGCAUCAGGACAGAUCAUAAUACCAAUAAAAUAAAGAACAGAGUAGCAGCAGCAAAUUAUAAACUUUUUUAUUUUUUUAUUUUUUUUUGUGUUGUGUUGGUAUGCGUGUGUGUGUUGUGUGUGUGCAUAUGUAGUGUUUGAAUUAUGUUGACCAAAUUCAACACUCAUUGACCUCCAUACAAAAAGUCCCCACUUCCAUUGCUUCACACUUUAUUUUCAUGUGGACAGAUUUGGGGGCUGAGUCAGCCCUCUCGCUUUGCCUCUUCUCUGACUGCACUGGAUUUGCAAAUAACACAUGGUAAGAUAUCAUGAAAGAGACCCUAAAAGACCUGACAUUUGAGGAGUGAAUCUUCUUGGUAUGGACUACAUACAGUGGCUUGUGAAAGUAUUCAACCCCCAUGUCAUUUUUCCUAUUUUGUUGCCUUACAACCUGGAAUUAAAAUGGAUUUUUUGGUGGGGGUUUGUAUCAUUUGAUUUACACAACAUGCCUACCACUUUGAAGAUGCAAAAUAUUUUUUAUUGUGAAACAAACAAGAAAUAAGACAAAAACAGAAAACUUGAGCGUGCAUAACUAUUCACCCCCCCCAAAGUCAAUACUUUGUAGAGCCACCUUUUGCAGCAAUUACAGCUGCAAGUCUCUUGGGGUAUGUCUCUAUAAGCUUGGCACAUCUAGCCACUGGGAUUUUUGCCCAUUCUUCAAGGCAAAACUGCUCCAGCUCCUUCAAGUUGGAUGGGAUCCGCUGGUGUACAGCAAACCUUAAGUCAUACCACAAAUUCUCAAUUGGAUUGAGGUCUGGACUUUGACUAGGCCAUUCCAAGACAUUUACAUGUUUCCCCUUAAACCACUCCAGUGUUGCUUUAGCAGUAUGCUUAGGGUCAUUGUCCUGCUGGAAGGUGAACCUCCGUCCCAGUCUCAAAUCUCUGGAAGACUGAAACAGGUUUCCCUCAAGAAUUUCCCUGUAUUUAGCGCCAUCCAUCAUUCCUUACAUUCUGACCAGUUUCCCAGUCCCCGCCGAUUAAAAAUAUCCCCACAGCAUGAUGCUGCCACCACCAUGCUUCACUGUGGGGAUGGUGUUCUCGGGGUGAUGAGAGGUGUUGGGUUUGCGCCAGACAUAGCGUUUUCCUUGAUGGCCAAAAAGCUAAAUUUUAGUCUCAUCUGACCAGAGUACAUUUUUCCAUAUGUUUGGGGAGUCUCCCACAUGCCUUUUGGCGAACACCAAACAUGUUUGCUUAUUUUUUUCUUUAAGCAAUGGCUUUUUUCUGGCCACUCUUCCAUAAAGCCCAGCUCUGUGGAGUGUACGGCUUAAAGUGGUCCUAUGGACAGAUACUCCAAUCUCCACUGUGGAGCUUUGCAGCUCAUUCAGGGUUAUCUUUGGUCUCUUUGUUGCCUCUCUGAUUAAUGCCCUCCUUGCCUGGUCCGUGAUUUUUGGUGGGCGUCCCUCUCUUGGCAGGUUUGUUGUGGUGCCAUAUUCUUUAAAUUUUUUAAUGGUGCUCCGUGGUAUGUUCAAAGUUUCGGAUAUUUUUUUAUAACCCAACCCUGAUCUGUACUUCUCGACAACUUUGUCCCUGAACUGUUUGGAGAGCUCCUUGGUCUUCAUGGUGCCGCUUGCUUGAUGGUGCCCCUUGCUUAGUGGUGUUACAGACUCUGGGGACAUUUCAGAACAGGUGUAUAUAUACUGAGAUCAUGUGACAGAUCAUGUGACACUUAGAUUGCACACAGCUGGACUUUAUUUAACUAAUUAUGUGACUUCUGAAGGUAAUUGGUUGCACCAGAUCUUAUUUAGGGGUUUCAUAGCAAAGGGGCUGAAUACAUAUGCACGCACCACUUUUCAGUUAUUUAUUUUUUAUAAUUUUUUUAAACAAGUUAUUUUUUUCAUUCCACUUCACCAAUUUGGACUAUUUUGUGUAUGUCCAUUACAUGAAAUCCAAAUAAAAAUCCAUUUAAAUUACUGUUGUAAUGCAACAAAAUAGGAAAAAUGCCAAGGGGGAUGAAUACUUUUGAAAGGCACUGUAUGCUUGUUAAGGAUCUGAUAUUAUGGAACUCUAUUCCACAUCAGGUAACUGAUGCAAGCAGUGGAAUCAGAUUUAAAAAACUGAUAAAAAUACACCUUAUGGAACAGUGGGGACUGUGAAGCAACACAAACAUAGGCACAGCACAUGCAUACACACACAUGAUAACAUACGCACUAUGCACACACAUACAUAUGGAUUUUGUGUUGUAGAUAUGUGGUAGUAGGGACCUGAGGGCACACACUUAGUGUGUUGUCAGAUCUGUUAUGAAUGUAUUUUAAUGUUUUUUAAAUUGUAUAACUGCCUUAAUUUUGCCGGACCCCAGGAAGGGUAGUUGCUGCCUUGGCAGCAGCUAAUGGGGAUCCAUAAUAAAUACAAAUACAAAUAUUAUGGUGCUGGUUUAUUUUGAAUCUCAGUCCACAUGAAAAGUGGGCUUUUUGGAUCGCCUUGCUGUUUCAGAGCAAAAUGAAGGGAAUGUUUUUUUCUUAGUCACCACAGCAAUUUAGCAAACCCACCAUGGCUUCACAAGACACCCACACACUCAUAAUCCUACACGUACACAUGCGCGCACACACACACACGUAACACACAGCCAUGGACACACUCUAAUACAUAAACACAGUAAGUGCCUUAAUGUAUAUUCCAAUAAUACCUGCAUGCACACAAUCAUACUCCUACAAAAUUACAGACAGACCCCCCCACAUACACCUACACACUCCUCGUCCCACACCAUCCAUUACAUAAUCUUAUAUCCCACAUAUCUUACUUACCUCUAGCAGAAGGCAACUCAAGGUUCUCUACUCACAGUUGUUAGUUGGUAUGGUACGUUGUGUUUUAAGCAUAUGCCAUCGGCUUUAAGGAUCUCAUAUUGGGAAUGGGUUCUUGGUAUUGAGAGCUCAGGAAGGAAUAUAGAGAUACAUUCAAUUGUUCUAUUUAUUUCUGUGGUGACAAGUGCAGCACUCAAGAUUGUAGCCUAGCGCUGCCUCUAAAGUCUUCCCCUGUGGUUCACUGUUCCGCGUCGCCUUAAGAAAACAUGUUGGCCAUGACAGAGCGGCCCUGGUGAAAUUAUAUUAGCCUUGAAUGCACCAGUCUUAAAGCUAUGCAACUUGAGGCUUUAAUUCUUUUCAAUACUGCCAAAAUGAAUAAUUGCAUGUGCUUGCAUAAUGUUGACGUGCCAAAUUUGAAUGAUAAACGACCUGCUAUGCACAGUAACGUACCAAAAAAAUAUGCCUUUUGAGCCACUGAAGACUGAGGCAGUCAUUGUGGAUUUAUAACACUAGAAAAGGCCUUUACCUCCUGCAGGUUUCUCCAGUGUAUUCUCUAUCUUUUACCUGUAACUUUUUAGACUGAAAGGUAAAACGAACACCAAAGCUGUGUAUGUCUGUCAGUGGUGGAGUCUGUCUGAACUCUGAUUGGUUAAGAGGUACUGUGUUUCCUCUGGGGACUGGGAUUUACUGUAGGGGGUCGAGCUGGAGUCAAAGCUUGUGAUUGGCUCUUGGGGAUUGAGGUGAAGGCCUGGGCAUCUUGGUGUGAACUGAGAUACAGUGCCUUGCAAAAGUAUUCACACCCCUUGGCGUUUUUCCUAUUUUGUUGCAUUACAACCUGUAAUUUAAAUGGAUUUUUAUUUGGAUUUCAUGUAAUGGACAUACACAAAAUAGUCCAAAUUGGUGAAGUGGAAUGAAAAAAAUUAAUAAAUAAUAAUAAUUCAAUAAAAUAAAUAACGGACAAGUGGUGCGUGCAUACAGUUGAAGUCGGAAGUUUACAUACACUUAGGUUGGAGUCAUUAAAACUCGUUUUUCAACCACUCCACACAUUUCUUGUUAACAAACUAUAGUUUUGGCAAGUCGGUUAGGACAUCUACUUUGUGCAUGACACAAGUAAUUCUUCCAACAAUUGUUUACAGACAGAUUAUUUCACUUAUAAUUCACUGUAUCACAAUUCCAGUGGGUCAGAAGUUUACAUACACUAAGUUGACUGUGCCUUUAAACAGCUUGGGAAAUUCCAGAUAGGCUAAUUGACAUCAUUUGAGUCAAUUGGAGGUGUACCUGUGGAUGUAUUUCAAGGUCGACCUUCAAACUCAGUGCCUCUUUGCUUGACAUCAUGGAAAAAUCUAAAGAAAUCAGCCAAGACUCAGGAAAAAAAAUUGGAGACCUCCACAAGUCUGGUUCAUCCUUGGGAGCAAUUUCCAAAUGCCUGAAGGAACCACGUUAAUCUGUACAAACAAUAGUACGCAAGUAUAAACACCACGCAGCCAUCAUACCGCUCUGGAAGGAGACGCGUUCUGUCUCCUAGAGAUUAACGUACUUUGGUGCGAAAAGUGCAAAUCAAUCCCAGAACAACAGCAAAGGACCUUGUGAAGAUGCUGGAGGAAACAGAUACAAAAGUAUCUAUAUCCACAGUAAAACAAGUCCUAUAUCGACAUAACCUGAAAGGCCGCUCAGCAAGGAAAAAGCCACUGCUCCAAAACCGCCAUAAAAAAAGCCAGACUACGGUUUGCAACUGCACAUGGGGACAAAGAUCGUACUUUUUGGAGAAAUGUCCUCUGGUCUGAUGAAACAAAAAUAGAACUGUUUGGCCAUAAUGACCAUUGUUAUGUUUGGAGGGAAAAGGGGGUCUCUUACAAGCUGAAGAACACCAUCACAUCCCUGAAGCACGGGGGUGGCAGCAUGAUGCUGUGGGGGUGCUUUGCUGCAGGAGGGACUGGUGCACUUCACACAAUAGAUGGCAUCAUGAGGAAGGAAAAUUAUGUGGAUACAUUGAAGCAAAAUCUCAAGACAUCAGGCAGGAAGUUAAAACUUGGUCACAAAUGGGUCUUCCAAAUGGACCAUGACCCCAAGCAUACUUCCAAAGUUGUUGCAAAAUGGCUUAAGGACAACAAAGUCAAGGUAUUGGAGUGGCCAUCACAAAGCCCUGACCUCAACCUUAUAGAACAUUUGUGGGCAGAACUGAAAAAGCGUGUGCGAGCAAGGAGGCCUACAAACCUGACUCAGUUACACCAGCUCUGUCAGGAGGAAUGGGCCAAAAUUAAUCCAAACUUAUUGUGGGAAGCGUGUUGAAGGCUACCCGAAACGUUUGACCCAAGUUAAACAAUUUAAAGGCAACGCUACCAAAUACUAAUUGAGUGUAUGUAAACUUCUGACCCACUGGCAAUUUGAUGAAAGCUUAAAUAAAUAAUUCUCUCUACUAUUAUUCUGACAUUUCACAUUCUUAAAAUAAAGUGGUGAUCCUAACUGACCCAAGACAGGGCAUUUUUACUAGGAUUAAAUGUCAGGAAUUGUGAAAAACUGAGUUUAAAUGUAUUUGGCUAAGGUGUAUGUAAACUUCAGAUUUCAACUGUAUGUAUUCACCCCCUUUGCUAUGAAGCCCCUAAAUAAGAUCUGGUGCAACCAAUUACCUUCAGAAGUCACAUAAUUAGUUAAAUAAAGUCCACCUGUGUGCAAUCUAAGUGUCACAUGAUCUGUCACAUGAUCUCAGUAUACACUACCGUUCAAAAGUUUGGGGACACUUACAGUGAGGGAAAAAAAUAUUUGAUUCCCUGCUGAUUUUGUACGUUUGCCCACUGACAAAGAAAUUAUCAGUCUAUAAUUUUAAUGGUAGGUUUAUUUGAACAGUGAGAGACAGAAUAACAACAACAAAAAAUCCAGAAAAACGCAUGUCAAAAAUGUUAUAAAUUGAUUUGCAUUUUAAUGAGGGAAAUAAGUAUUUGACCCCUCUGCAAAACAUGACUUAGUACUUGGUGGCAAAACCCUUGUUGGCAAUCACAGAGGUCAGACGUUUCUUGUAGUUGGCCACCAGGUUUGCACACCUCUCAGGAGGGAUUUUGUCCCACUCCUCUUUGCAGAUCUUCUCCAAGUCAUUAAGGUUUCGAGGCUGACGUUUGGCAACUCGAACCUUCAGCUCCCUCCACAGAUUUUCUAUGGGAUUAAGGUCUGGAGACUGGCUAGGUCACUCCAGGACCUUAAUGUGCUUCUUCUUGAGCCACUCAACUCCUGGUUGCCUUGGCCGUGUGUUUUGGGUCAUUGUCAUGCUGGAAUACCCAUCCACGACCCAUUUUCAAUGCCCUGGCUGAGGGAAGGAGGUUCUCACCCAAGAUUUGACGGUACAUGGCCCCAUCCAUCGUCACUUUGAUGCGGUGAAGUUGUCCUGUCCCCUUAGCAGAAAAACACCUCCAAAGCAUAAUGUUUCCACCUCCAUGUUUGACGGUGGGAAUGGUGUUCUUGGGGUCAUAGGCAGCAUUCCUCCUCCUCCAAACACGUUGAGUUGAGUUGAUGCCAAAGAGCUCCAUUUUAGUCUCAUCUGACCACAACACUUUCACCCAGUUCUCCUCUGAAUCAUUCAGAUGUUCAUUGGCAAACUUCAGACGGGCAUGUAUAUGUGCUUUCUUGAGCAGGGGGACCUUGCGGGCGCUGCAGGAUUUCAGUCCUUCACGGCGUAGUGUGUUACCAAUUGUUUUCUUGGUGACUAUGGUCCCAGCUGCCUUGAGAUCAUUGACAAGAUCCUCCCGUGUAGUUCUGGGCUGCUUCCUCACCGUUCUCAUGAUCAUUGCAACUCCACAAGGUGAGAUCUUGCAUGGAGCCCCAGGCCGAGGGGGAUUGACAGUUAUUUUGUGUUUCUUCCAUUUGCGAAUAAUCGCACCAACUGUUGUCACCUUCUCACCAAGCUGCUUGGCGAUGGUCUUGUAGCCCAUUCCAGCCUUGUGUAAGUCUACAAUCUUGUCCCUGACAUCCUUGGAGAGCUCUUUGGUCUUGGCCAUGGUGGAGAGUUUGGAAUCUGAUUGAUUGAUUGCUUCUGUGGACAGGUGUCUUUUAUACAGGUAACACGCUGAAAUUAGGAGCACUCCCUUUAAGAGUGUGCUCCUAAUCUCAGCUCGUUACCCGUAUAAAAGACACCUGGGAGCCAGAAAUCUUUCUGAUUGAGAGGGGGUCAAAUACUUAUUUCCCUCAUUAAAAUGCUAAUCAAUUUCUAACAUUUUUGACAUGCGUUUUUAUGGAUUAUUUUGUUGUUAUUCUGUCUCUCACUGUUCAAAUAAACCUACCAUUAAAAUUAUAGACUGAUCAUUUCUUUGUCAGUGGGCAAAUGUACAAAAUCAGCAGGGGAUCAAAUACUUUUUUCCCUCACUGUAGAAAUGUCCUUGUUUUCGAAAGAAAAGCAAUUUUUUUAUUCAUUAAUAUAACAUCAAAUUGAUCAGAAAUACAGUGUAGACAUUGUUAAUGUUGUAAAUGGCUACUGUAGCUGGAAACAUCUGAUUUUUAAUGGAAUAUCUACAUAGGCGUACAGAGGCCCAUUAUCAGCAACCAUUAGUCCUGUGUUCCAAUGGCACGUUGUGUUUGCUAAUCCAUUUUAAAAGGCUAAUUGAUCAUUAGAAAACCCUUUUGCAAUCAUGUUAGCACAGCUGAAAACUGUUGUGCUGAUUAAAGAAGCAAUAAAACUGGCCUUCAUGAGACUAGUUGAGUAUCUGGAGCAUCAGCAAUUGUGGGUUCGAUUACAGGCUCAAAAUGGCCAGAAACAAAGAACUUCUUUCUGAAACUCGUCAGUUUAUUCUUGUUCUGAGAAAUGAAGGCUAUUCUAUGCGAGAAAUUGCCAAGAAACGGAAGAUCUCGUACAACGCUGUGUACUACUCCCUUCACAGAACAGCGCAAACUGGCUCUAACCAGAAUAGAAAGAGGAGUGGGAGGCCCCGGUGCACAACUGAGCAAGAGGACAAAUACAUUAGAGUGUCUAGUUUGAGAAACAGGCGCCUCACAGGUCCUCAACUGGCAGCUUCAUUAAAUAGUACCCGCAAAAAAACAGUCUUAACGUCAACAGUGAAUAGGCGACUACGGGAUGCUGACCGUCUAGGCAGAGUUGCAAAGAAAAAGCCAUAUCUCAGACUGCCCAUCUUCAUCUUUUAUUUUUAUUGGCCAGUCUGAGAUAUGGCUUUUUCUUUGCAACUCUGCCUAGAAGUUCAGCAUCCCGGAGUCGCCUCUUCACUGUUGACGGUGAGACUGGUGUUUUGAUACUAUUUAAUGAAGCUGCCAGUUUUUCUGAGCCAGGCGGCACAAUCAAAUAAAUUACAGUCGGACUCUAGUCAUUUGUGUUUCUUAAUUAUUUAAUCAAACAGUUCCUUAAAGCAUCAGACAAGCUCCGUGCAUAUAGUUGAUUUGAUAAAAACACAUAGGAUGUGUGUGUAUAUAUGGAAAAAUACACGAUUAAACAUUUCAACCAAUCGAUUGGUCGAAAGAACAGACGACCUUUGGUUGACCAAGAUUAAAAAAGAAAUAAAUACCUGCAGUCAACUUGUGCAGUACGCUAGGAGAUGAAGCAGAUCGCGUUCUUCAUUUCGCCUGUCACAUAAUUUUUCAUGAUGAAGCUUACCGUAGUUCCCCAGAACAGCAGCCAGUCACAUGUUCGUGGUAAACAGCACAACGGGAGAAGGUGGGAGCUGGUGAGUCCAUAGCGUUCUAUAUCUAUCGGCAAGUCUCUUUUUGUUGUGCGGCCCACAUGAGGUGAUGAAGUUACACUUGUAUGCAAUUCACUACUAAAUGUUUGCCAUCAGAUAUCUUGUAACUGUGCUAUACUCUCCAGCUGUGUAUUUGGUUACUUGUUAGUUAGCUAAGUAAGUGGCUGAAUUAAUAAGGAGACGGGGUGUUAGCUUUCUGACAUGUUUGAGAAGUCAAAGAGUUCUGGAUGAGUUAUCUGUACAGCUGCCAUUUUUUCCCUGUGCUUCCCACUAAUGUUUUUUUCCUCCUCUCCAUUCUUUUCCCCUCUGCUUUGUUUAAACCAUAGACUUUAAAACCAGUAGAUAGUGAUAGCGCUGACGUCAUCCUAGUAUUUCUAUGGAAAACUCCAGAUGGCGCUUGAAGCCGGAGGUAUUUGAAUUUGAAGCGUGCCAUAUUGCUGAAUGGCACCAAAAAAAUCGCUAAGGAUUACGGUGAAAGUGGCCGUAACUAGCAAAGGAUCAUGGUCGAUGUAGUCGUUUUCAUCCUGGCUGAGAGAGUCAACCGGGAGCCUCCUCGUAGCCUGCCGGCCAUGAUUGGUCUGUGUCAGCACAUGUAGUAGUCAGAAUGGAUCACUAUGUAAUUCAAAUAUCUCGAUUUUUAGCUAACUUUAAAAUAAUUCACUGUGGGGAUCGAACAUGAUCAUAAUAAACAUAUUUUAGAGCCCAAAAUGGCUGUCUACAAUUUUUUUGUUGUUGCCAUUCUGCCGAUUGUAAUUUACAUGGGCAGACCAGGCUUUUGACACUUUUGGUUGCGACGCAGUAGCAGACAUCACGACUUCACGCUCCAGGCUGGACACUGGGGGCUUGGUGGACACAUGCUGCUCUUCCAUCAGACAAACAUGCAUCACAACUUUGUUCAUUUGCUCAAUUUCUCUCAUUUACUUUCACUAGUAAAUGUCCACAGUCACCAAAAAUGGCAACUAGCUAUACUUUUAUAACUUUAUGAGCUGGAUUUGCCUGUCUUUGCAAUUAGUUAGCUAAAAGCAUCCAUGAGAAUUCACUAUUACUUGAUAAUAAAAAAAUGAACGCACAAUGGGCUUUUUUUAGAACAUUUGCUGGUAAUUCCGUAAAUCCCAGGAUGGCAGAAAAAUGGGAUGAAAGUAUGAAAAUCUGUAUACCGCCCAAGCCUAGUUACAACCUCCCAGUAGACUCUCACAGUGAGUCAGUGUCCGUAUACCCAACACAGAGACAUUCAUUCUCAUGAAGCAUGGAACUACUUUAAACAAAGAUUGACUAUCUCAAACAUAUAGCACUAAAAAGCACAGCGCCAUUAUCAACACCAUAUUAAUGCUAAUGUAUUCUGUGUUUUGACAGAAACCUUGGGAAGUCUGGCCUGAGGGUGUCCUGCCUUGGACUAGGUGAGUGGGAGACGGGAUGGGGGGGGGGGGGGGGGGGGGGGGGGGUAGCUGAGGGUCUGGGAGACAAAACUGUGUUAGAGGUGACUUCACCAGUAAGACAAAGUGAGCCACAUAGGGAAUUUAUUUCACACCAAAGGCUUUUUCUAGCAGAGACGUGGGAGAGUGAGGAUAUGCCAGAAAUACCAGCUGAGACCUUCUCUAACUGUUAACUAACACUGUUGCUUUGGUUAACUGUACCAAAGCCACAAAUCUCUCAAAACUAUCAUUAAGAAGCUACGGUAAUCAGUAUCACUGCUUCUUCAACGCCACUCCCUAUGUAUCAGUUCAUCUGAAAGACUACUAACACAGUCUCCCUUUCGUCUCUCUGCAGGAACAUGGGUGACGUUCGGUGGGCAGAUAACAGACGAGGUGAGAGCAGAUGGAUUGUGUUAUUCUGUUAUUCCACUUAUCAAUCAGUCAGUCAACACUCCCCAGUUUCACAACUCUCUACAUGCUCCUACAGCCCACUGCUGCUCAGGAAGACUAUUUCUGCUUACACUGCAUUGCCAUGUAGAAUGGCUAGAAAACCAACAAAUGUGCGAUAUGAAUGAACCAUUAUAUGAACCAUGAACGCACUAACGCGUGCACUUACAAUCACAUACAUUUAGCCAGGUUUUAAUAAUUGAAAACCCUUAAGCACCUUGUAUCAGUGAUCUCUCAACCCCCUCCCCUCCCUCCGCUCUCUUUCCUUUCCCUCUCUCCACCUCUUCGGCCAAUAGAUGGCUGAGCAGCUUGUGUGUCUGGCCUACGAGAAUGGCAUCAAUCUGUUUGACACAGCAGAGGUCUACGCUGCAGGGAAGUGA